AUGGAUGCUGGCGGCGUCUUUAGGUCCCUGGAUGAGUCGCUGCUCCGCGACCUCCCACAACUCCAGUCGUUACGGAUCGCACCGCUGCGUGAGCCCGUAUCUUCACGGACCCUAAGUGCCCCUUCGCCUCUGGAACCCAAUGCCAGUGGGGCCCGAGAUUCGAAGAUCUCCAAGACCAGCACUUCUCCCAACAAUGCUCCUGCAAAAGCCAAGCCCAAUGCAAGCCUUCCUACGGUGACGGAGUUCCUCAAUGCUGCUCGAUCUAACAAGACCGACUCCUCUGCGGACUCGCAGUCAAACGUGGAGCCGCCCCCAAGGCCGAUUCUGCCGGCUUUUGUAAACCUUCGAGCUCUGGAAAGGGUUCCGUUUUCUUCUUCGUUCGACGAUGACGCUCUCCAUGGACCUCGCAAGCGUCGCCGCCUAGAUAUCCAGGCAGAAUCAUUUAGCGAACACCUGCAACUGCCGAUACCUCAGGCACAGAAGGAACAACGGCCGCCACCCUUUGGACCCUUUGCUAUUCUUAAUGGACUUAACGAACCCCCGCCCAACGCUGCUCUUCUACCGCCUAUCGAGGCAGGGUCUCUCACUCAGCUCCUUACGAAACCCUCCCGGGUAGAUGAGGCUCUUGAGUCUGGGACCUUACAAACUUCUAAUGCAAACGUUGUCAACAGUCAACCUUCAGAACGGAGAGAAGCGAGACUCGAGGAGAUCCUUGGUGUCACUCUUGACGACAAAGAUCUUCUCGGAGGUAAUGAAGACGACGGCCAGGGCGAUGAUGACGUGGAGCGUCCCAAGGCAGUGGAGCAUGUGAAUGACCCAACUCCAACGAAACAUGAGAAAAGUCAGUUCGGAGAUGGCAAGGAGUCACCGGUGCCCACAGAAGAAGGAAAUGAACCCAUGUCACCCAAGACCCGAGGCCGGUCCCGCUUGAAUGUACGGCGAUGGACUGAAGAAGAAACAACUGCCCUACUUCGCGGCGUCGUCAAGUGCGGCAUUGGAAAUUGGAAGACAAUACUUGCGCAGCCUGAACUCAACUUCAACAAGCGAACCGCUUCCAAUCUGAAGGACAGAUUCCGCGUUUGCUAUCCUUGGGCAUACCGGGCUGCCAAUCCCAAUGAAGCAAUCAAGCAGCUUCACACCGUGCUCUCCAACUCCCUUAUGAAAGCGGAUGGGGAGGGCCGUGAAAAUACACCUUUCAAGCUUCGCCCUCUACAACCGCGACGAACUACUACCACAGGGUCAGAGUCAACGAACUCCGGCGCGGGAAGCCCACCUGCCCUAUCUAUCGGGCCAUCAACGUCGAGUGUGUCCUCCACACCCGACACGGACACCCCGAGUAGCAGUGGCAGCAUUCAACCACGAACACCACCCUCGGCUAGAUCCACUACUACACUCUCAAACCAGCCACGAUCUGCCCUCUCGUCUCUCGGCAUCCCCGAACCUCAUGUUACCACGAAACCCAAGCGUCGCUUUCGCCGGCCCUUCACUCCCGCCGAGGAUGAGGCCCUUCUGAAAGGUUACGCUGUUCAUGGCUUCCAGUGGACUCUCAUCCAACGGGACUCCCGCCUGAACCUCGGCCAUCGCAGACCAGCAGAUCUCCGUGACCGGUUCCGCACCAAGUUUCCGCAUGCCUACAAAGACGGAGGAUCUGUCAGCGGCAACGCUUUACACACCCAAGCUUCUGGCCAGGACUUAUCUACCUCUGUGAAGACCACACCCACGCCGCGAGAUCAAGCGGCUAAUAAUAACGAACAGAGCCCGCUCAGGGCUGCAGCAGCCUCCCUGCCGCGUGCUGCUCGCCCGAAACCUCGCCAUAGCCCCAGCGGCUCGCUGUCUAACCUCGGCCCUGUCGAUUCGUCUCUCUUACUGCCUGUACCAGCCCAAGGCUUUCUUGAACCUUCUGCCUCCUCAGCUCCGGCGUCGGCUGGUAUUCUUUCAUUCUCUUUGGAUGAGAAUCCUACUGCGGGUACUUCCUCUGGGGCCGACACCCCGUGGGGGCAUAAUACUCUUGCCCCAAUGGUUUGGGAUGAUCUGAACUGA